AUGCCCUCGAUUCCCGAUAUACCGUCUCCCGUCGAUGGCUCCAGCAUGGACGUGGAUCCAGCGCCUCCAGCUCCAAAGACCGCCGAGAAGAACCCAGUGAAGCCCUCUAUUGGGUUUAUUUUUGCACUGGAACUCGUCACAUACUUCAUUUUGCCGGCUCAUCUCUCUAAUAAAUGGGCUAUUUUCUUCUGCACUUCGUUCGCAUGGGUUGCUGUGCACGCACUCGAUGGAAUUAUCAUUAUGGCCUUUAAUCGCGAAUUCAAGACGUAUCUCUUCUCGUGUGGAUAUGAUGUCUUUCAUUCGACAAGUCGUUCAUCGCCGGAAGAUCUCGACAGAAAUUCUUCUUCUAAACUUUAA